UUGCCCAUAGAUAAGUAUUAGCGGCAGAGAAAUGUUCGAUUUUUGCUGAAAGUAGUUAUGUAGUAACUGUUUGCAGUGGCCAUUAACUGCCACUGUUUGCGUUAGUUAGCUGGGUGUGCUCAACCGACGCGUACGUUAGCUCCUUCAGUUGUAGCUAGUUAGCUAACUAGAUGAGAAAAUAAUAACGUCACACGGUCUGCUGAUUUAGCGACAAGUUGUCGGUUGGUCUGCAUUACCUGACUGAUAUUUCAUAUCCCUUACCUAGCUCUAUACAUAAAUUAAUAAUGCUAGCUGACAUGAGAGAAAUACAACAUACCGGUUGGCCCUCCCUGUCUGCUUGCUUAUUUAUAGCAAGCUAGCCAGAUUUAGCUAGCAACCAUGGAUAGCUAAGUGUGGUUUCUUUGAAUAUCCAGCUGAAUUACAUGGCAUUUAGGAACAUACGAAUUGCUCAUGUGUUUGAAUUUUUUUCUAAGUAGUAUUGUGUCUUUUCGUGGACCUAGCUAUCUGUUCGUGCAACCUGCUCCUAAGGACUUUUUUACAUGGUGGCUUGCUGUGGUGUCAUAUCAGCCGGUCCAAAGGGUCCUCCCUUGAUUUUUAUAGUGAGGUGCUGUUUUUAUAACAACAGUUCUAGCAAUGCAGGUGCAUGUAAUGGGCCAAGAUGUGGGCCGGACAAACCAAAGAUAAUGUAGAUGAAACACCUUUGAGCACUUCCUUCGGCUGGAAGUCCAGCUCGUUUCGCUCAGCUGUGCGACUGAGCCCUCCCUUUCUCAUUGAGCAUGCGCGCCGAAGCUUGUAAACAAUGAGACCAUUCCAGACUAUCCCUAGCAUUGUGUCUGUUUGAACAUUUAUUUUACGUUUUAUUAAAGCGUUAUAUACAGCAUGAGCAGCGGAUAUAACGGUAAUUUUUGGUAGCUGCAGCAUGGAGGCCACCCUGAGCAGGCUGCAGGGCCUGAGCGCAGAUGAGCUGCGUGACGAGUUCGCCAAGGCCAACCUCAAGUGCGGCCCUAUCACAGCCACCACCCGCGCCAUCUUUGAGAGGAAGCUGGCCCGUGCUUUGGUGAAUGAAGAUGGCAGCACCAGCGCUGGCUCGGGCAUUGAUUCGGGGGCCUCCAACCCUGAUUCGGGGGCCUCCAACCCAUCAGCAUCGACAGAGCCACAGGCCAGCGAGGACGGUGACUUUGGCUACGGCAUGGGCCUCAACCCACCCGAGGAGGAGGCUCUGACGGAGAAGACGGCCGUGCUGGGCUGCGUCAGGGCCGACGAGGCUCAAAUUGAUGGGCAGACGCCCUCCAAGCCCACACAAGUGUCACCAUCCUUCUACUAUGGCGUGUGCCCACCAUGGGAGGAUGUGCUGGUCAGGACUGAUAGAGUACAUGUGUACAGUGAAAAGAAAGAAGCUCUGCAAGUGGUGAAGAUGAUGAAAGGGGCUCGAUUCAAAGCCUUCACCAGCCGUGAGGAUGCAGAGAAGUUUGCCAAAGGUGUCUGUGAUUACUACCCCUCUCCCAGCAAAGCCAUGCCAUGCAUCUCGCCUGUCAAACCAGGCCUCUUUGCUAAGGACAACAGCUCUGGGAUGGAGACGGACACGAUCAACAGGGAGAAGGCAAACAGUUUCAAGAGCCCGCGCACACAGGACCUGACUGCCAAGCUGCGCAAGGCCGUGGAGAGGGGCGACGAGGUGGCCUUCGCUGAGCUGGUCUGGAGCAAUCCACGCUAUCUCAUCGGCUCAGGGGAUAAUCCCACUGUGGUGCAGGAGGGCUGCCGAUACAAUGUGAUGCACGUGGCUGCUAAAGAGAACCAGGCUGGGGUGGCCCAGCUCCUGCUGGACACGCUGGAGAACCCCGAGUUCAUGCGUCUCAUGUACCCCGACGACCACGAGGACAUGCUGCGGAGACGCAUCCGCUACAUCGUGGACCUGUACCUCAACACUCCGGACAAAGCCGGCUUUGAGACACCACUUCACUUUGCCUGCAAGUUUGGCUGCCCAGAGGUGGUGAACGUUCUCUGCUCCCACCCUGACACUGACAAACACUGCAGAAACAAGUAUGACCAGAAGCCAUGCGAUGUCAUAUGUGAAAGGAAAAACAAAACUCAAGAAGUGAAGCAGAAGAUUUGUGAAUAUUUAGAAGAUCGCUGUUAUGUGCCCUUAUUGAGGGCGACGGACAACUCCUCCCAGCCGGUGAUUGGAACUCCAUGGUCCCCUGAGCCCUCUGAGCCUUUACCCUCCAUGCUGUCUAGAAGUCCUAUGGACCCCGUCAUGGCGGUCAAAGCCUACGCUGGGCCUCUGAGUCCAUCAAAGGCCGACGAAUUCCGCAGAGCAUGGAAGACGCCCCCCAGAGAUCGUGCUGUACACUUCCACCACAUCCUAAAGUCUGAUCCCGACCGAGGAGCCGAGAGAGUGGGCAGAAAUCUUGCCCAUGAAUUGGGCCAUCCCUGGGCUGAGUACUGGGAGUUCUUGGACUCCUUUGUCGACCUGUCGUCUGCAGAGGGUCUCCGAAAGUUGGAGGAGCACCUGAGCAAGAAAGACUUCAGUGAGCGUGCCCACCGAGAGACCGGAGAAAACGAGACCAGCAACAGGUUCAGAACUCCAUCACCAGGCAAGCCAAAAAAGUUCUGCAACUCCAUCUCGGUUGGUGCUUUCCUGGACGAGGGCGAUGACCUGAGCCUGGAGGAGAUGAAGAACCGGCAGAACGCCGCCCUCACCAGCGUCUGCUCCAAGGACAACCUGAAGGGGGCAGUGGGCGGCCGUGAGUUCCACAUCCUGCCUGUGUCACGGAGCGCCGACCUCAUCGAGACGGCCGCCGAGCAUGACCUCCUCUGCGCCUCCGACAAGAGCCUGCUCUCGUCCGCCAGCAGGAACGGCCUGUGUCCGCCCCCCUCUGGCACCAGCGCCGACCGGACUCAGAACGGGGACAAGGGCUCCCCUCGCGGCCUGUCGUCCUCCUCUGCCUGCCUGCUGUCCCCCAUGUCCAACCUGAUGGUGGAGUUUGAGCGCAUGACACUACUGGACGAGAUGGAGCGGCAGCCCCGGGAGCGGCGACGCAGUGGCGAAAGCUCCCGGCAGAAGGACGGACUCCUGAGGGACUCGUACUUGCCGGCGGCCGAGCUAAUCUCCAGCGUGGGCCGCCUGUCGCUGGGCGCAGGCGAGGACUCGGUGUUCUCGGUGAGCUGCUCGGAGCGUGACUGCGGCUCGUGGAAGGGGCUGAGCGGGGGCAAGGGGGACGGGCUGGACGAAGGUGACCGGAGGCUGGAGGACCGGGUUAGCUCGGGGUCGGACGAGUACGUGUCGGCUGAGGAGAGCCUGGAGGGUGGGGGUCAGAGGACUAGGGGGCCCGUGGUUGAGCGCACUCUCUGCUCCAGGUCCAAGUCUUGGGACCACGGGGGCCGAGAUAUGAGCAGCUCAGGGUCAUCUGGCUCCUACAGAUCUCUGGAUUCCCCUGACUUUAUAUUAAGGACGCCGCCCCGCUUUAAAAAAUGUCUUUUCAUUGAAGGGGAUUCGCCAACCAAGCUGGACAGAGAAGUACUGUCUGCAGUAGAAGCCAUAGAUGUUGAUCCCCUGAAAUACCCCAGCAUUUACAAAUGGAAGAGCACAAUGCAAACAUACUCCCCCACUGAGAUGCAAAGGUGGCCGACCCCAGCCUUCGUGCGGCGGCCUCCUAAGGUCCAGACGUUCACCCCGGGCUCCCCCGUGAGCAGUCUGGCCUCCCCCCUCAGCCGCUGCAGCCCUUCCCGGUACACGCCGGGGUCGCCCGACUUCGGCAGCCCCGGCCGCUACAGUCCAGCACACGCCAGCUUCAUCCAGCGCCUUCGCCUCAAGCACUUCAGCGACCCCCCAAUUUAAGAUGCACCUGCCAGCCCCCCUCCCCCCGUGCUGCACACCUCGCCAACCCGGGUGACUGCAUAAUGGAUUCAAUCACAUCAGAAAUAUGCACAAGUGUCUUGAGGGUUUGUAUUAACGAUGUGGUACUCCGACAUGUGAUGUACAGAUUUUUUUGGAUGUAUGUUCAGAAUUUUUUCAAACUAGUCUCUUUACAGUGUAUGUAUGAGUGUGAGCUUUGUCAAAAAUGACAGUAAUAAUAUUAUUUAUAGAACAUGGUGACAUGCACUUGUGUCCUCGCUAAAAAAAAAGAAAAGAUUUUAUUGUUUAAUAAUGGAGAGAAAAAAAAGAAAUGGGUUGCAUUCAAAACAUCCAAUGUAAAUCCUUGUGCGGACCCAUUGCUUGAAAAUAGUUUGUAAAAAUUUAAGCUUAAUGUGAGGAGAAAAAAGUGUGAAAUUAUUUUUGGUAUAUCUCUUACGUAGCACAAAAUGAUAAAAAUUGUUUUUGUUUUGUUUAUCUGUGUAAAUGACUGCCAGUUCCUGUUUUUAAGUUCAUGAAUUUGAGAAUUGCCUUAAUUUUUCUGAGAUGAGGGACAGCCUCCAGUCAGAAUUUGCCACACCAUGUCCAGAAUCAGCCAAUCGUGUUUUACCAAUGCCUCCCUGUCCAUAUUUUUUAAAUCCAAUAAAUGUGUUAAUUUUUGUAGAUACCUGAAUGUUUUCGUUCACACAGUUAUUAUGCCAUGCACCAAGCUGCAGCCAUGUCACUUUAUAAGUACAGUUUCUCAGUGACACACAAAAGCCAUCCUCAUGAUGUCUCUUACCUUUCUGAUGUUUGUGGGCUGUACAUUGCAGGUUACUGAAUUGUCUCUUAACAUCUCUAUAAUAUGAAUGAAUGUUCCAACAAAACUGCACAACUGUCUGAACAUAUCAACAACCAAACUUUGAUAUUUCAACUGAAUGGUGCAUUUCUAGAGAUGGGGGGGGGGGUCCAAACCGCACCUUCUGUAUCCUAUGGUCACGUGGGACCUAACUUGUUGAUCUUGGUCAGUGGUGUAAGUUGUGGUGUUGUGAAUUUGAGUGAGGUAUCUGUAGUCUUUUCUUAAGAUUUAUUAAUAAAACUGAACAAAAUGUUAGCACAGGGUAUGAAAUCAGGUCUGGUUUGUACUGCCUCUCAACAUCAGUGUUAGCACCAGAGAUGGGCAGAUCAUUUGUCAGCAUUAAUUAAGAAUGUGGAAUUUUCCAAAUGUCAAGUCAAUGUCUUUUUUUUUAAUUGCCCUUACCUACCCUUUGCCUCAUCACCUGGGGGUCAAACUAACAGAUUUUCUUCUGUUAACCAGCUCUUAUGUGGAAACCAUUUGGGAUAACAAAUACUAGCACAUUUGAAACGUGCCACUCUCAAUGAGAUAUUCGUUUUCUGCUAUGCUUUUGACCCAGUGGCUCAAAAUGUACCUUUCACUUUGACUUUUACUCUGUUUAGCAGUAGGGGACCCUGGAUUUUCCCCCCAAGCCCCUUUCCUGAGCCCACUUUACAAAAAAGGUCUCAUUUUGAAGAUUGUGUACUACUCACCCUCUGUCCCACCCUCCCUGCUACUCAAUGUGGUGACAGCCUGGAAUUUUGCUCCCUGCUUCAUUCAGCUUUCUUAGUGCCUUUUUAGUAUGACCAUGUGUGGCAAACCCAGUUGUUUCACAGUGUUCAGGUUGCACUGAUGACAUCAAGGUUUCAUAAUUUUUGACAACAGCCCAAUUUGAAUAAAGUAUAGUAGCACUGGUUUUAUGCAGCAUUUGAAUACCUCUUACAUAAGAUUGUAAAAAACGUUUACAAUUUAGUAUGCUAAUACAGUACAUUAAUGCCAGCCUUACUCCAUUUUUUUUGGUUAAAGGCUUCGUAGUGCCAACAUUGUGGUGCAUUGGAUUUGCUGUUUAAUUGUUGAUAUUUUGAUUAUUUUUGAUCUGGCUUCCCCAUUGCAUGCAUUUUUAGUCCAAUUUUAUUACUGUAUAUGUCAAAGGAAAGUAUUUGAUGUACUUCUGAGGAACGAAUAAAACAGUGAACACCA